GAUCAAGAGUCUUUUCAAGAGGGAUAUCACUUACCCCCAGAAUAUGAAAUCUCUUCCGAUGAAACAGAAGGGCAAAAUGAAGUUCAUCUGAUUCGGGCCCAAGGCCUGCCAUAUGACUGCACUGAGCAAGAUGUUCUCAACUUUUUUUCAGGGUGCAAGGUCCGAAGUGGUGUGGAGGGCAUCCAUUUCCUCUUAUACCGAGAUGGCAAGCGCAGAGGAGAUGCUAUAGUUGAACUGGAGUCAGAACAGGAUGUGCUGAAUGCCUUGAACAAACACCGGAAAUACCUGGGCCAGCGCUAUGUGGAAGUUUUUGAAAUACGUAAUAAGGAUGUUGAUGUCCUAAUGAGGAGCCUGAAGUUCCGUUCAGCACCCGUAAACAAUGAUGGAGUGGUACGACUGAGAGGUCUGCCCUACCGUUGCUCUGAAGUAGAUAUUUCAGAGUUCUUCUCAGGUUUGACUAUACAGGACAUAGUAUUCGUUUUUGACUACGAAGGAAGGAGGAAAACGGGAGAGGCAUUUGUACAGUUUGCAACACCAGAAAUGGCUAAUAAAGCUUUGUUGAAGCAUAAGGAAGAAAUUGGGAAUCGUUAUAUAGAAAUAUUCCCGAGCCAAAAGAGUGCAAUUCGAACACACAGUGACUUUUUCCGGUAUAAGAAGAUGAUGGUAUCUCCUGUUCCAAAACAAUGUUCUGAAACUAUUUUUGAGGAAAGCAAGUUGAAUGAGGUCUCGAAGCCCAGUUCAGCAUAUGAAAAUGAAAACAAAAGUGAGGCUUUUAAGCAAGUAUUUGAAAAGGAUGUGGCUGAAUCAGGAAGUUUCUCCUCCCCGUACUUUGUUCACCUGAGGGGGAUGCCUUUUCAAGCAACAGCACAAGAUAUUAUACAUUUUUUUGCUCCCUUAAAGCCUGUGAGGAUCACAAUGGAAUAUAAUUCAAGUGGUCAAGCGACCGGAGAAGCAGAUGUGCACUUUGAAACACACACAGAUGCAGUUGCAGCCAUGGCCAAGAACAAGUUUAAAGUCCAGCAUAGAUAUAUUGAAUUAUUUCUGAAUUCAUCACCAAGCAGAAAAUAGAGCAGCCCGUGACAAUGGUAUAAUUCCCAAAGUUUAGACAAAAUCAAGAUGCAUUUCAUCUGCACAUGUUCCUAGAGCUGGGCUACUGUUGUUUUCCCUCCCUGAAUUGUCUUUCAAAGAAAAUCCAGCGGCUGCGUCUGAAACCCUUAACAAAAUGUUUGUGCAGGAUCUGUUUUAUGUAAACCAAAAUUAAAGUUCAACUGUACUUAAA